AUGUCCAAGUCUAAUAAUUUAAAUCACUAUUUGCCAAAAAGGAUUCUUUCUUUAGAUAUUAGUGUUGUUAGUAAAAUUGCUGCUGGUGAAGUUAUUCAAAGACCUUCUAAUGCUUUGAAGGAAUUGAUUGAAAAUUCUGUUGAUGCUGGUGCUACGUCGAUCGAUAUUUUGGUUGAAGGAGGAGGACUAAAACUCCUUCAAGUAUCUGAUAAUGGUCAUGGGAUUAUGAAAGAAGAUCUCUCUAUUCUAUGUGAGCGUUUUACUACAUCUAAAUUGCGUACAUUUGAAGAUCUAUCAUCUAUUUCUACAUAUGGAUUUAGAGGCGAAGCUUUAGCAAGUAUUUCUCAUAUUUCCUAUGUUACGGUAAUUACAAAAACUUCUGAUUCAAGUUGUGCUUGGAAGGCUAAUUAUCUCAAUGGAAAACUCGUAUCACCUAAAGAAGGGGAGUCGUCUGAUCCUAAACCAGCUGCUGGAAGACAAGGGACUCAGAUUGUGAUUAAAGAUUUGUUUUAUAAUAUUCCUUCUAGGUUAAAGUCUUUUCGUAGCUCUAAUGAUGAAUAUAUUCGAAUAUUAGAUGUCAUUUAUAGAUAUGCUGUUCAUUGUGAAAAAAUAGGUUUUUCUUGUAAAAAUUAUGGAGAAAUAAUACCAUCUAUUACUACAUCAUCUAAAUCAACUGUAAUUGAGAAUAUUAAACAAUUAUAUGGGGCAGCCAUUAGUUCUGAGCUUUUACCUUUUUCAUUAAAUUCUCAAGACUAUAUGUUUCAAGCUAAAGGUUUUUUUACAAGUGUUAGUUAUAGUGCUAAAAAAACUACCUUUUUAUUAUUUAUUAAUCACAGAUCAGUUGACUGUAAGGCGCUUAAGCGUGGACUUGAAUCUAUUUAUAGUAAUUUUUUACUCAACUCUAGACGUCCAUUUAUAUAUAUAUCGUUAGAGAUAGAAUCUUCUAGAGUUGAUGUAAAUAUUCAUCCUACAAAACGGGAAGUUCGUUUUUUUUAUGAAGAUGAAAUUAUUAAUCUUAUAUGUAAAAAAGUUCAUUCAGAACUCUCUAGAAUUAAUUCUUCAAAAACAAUUUCAUUGCAGACAGUUAAAGCUAAAUCAUGUCCUUUGAAUUAUGUCAAUGAGACUUUGGAGGGUGGAAAAAAGAUUUAUGAUAGAUAUUAUGUUCGAACUGAUGCAAAAUUCCAGACAAUUACAUCAAUUUUAAAUAAUGUAGAAACAUCUGCUAUGAAAAAAAUAAAAAGGAAUAAUUCUAAAAAUUUCACUGAUUUUCUUUAUCAAGUAAAUGAUAAAGAAAAGAUAAUUGUUAGACUUACAAGUAUUAAAGAAUUAAGAGAUGAAGUGAUAGAAAGACGAUGCGAUGCUUUAACAAAUAUAUUUAUAAAUCAUAUUUUCGUUGGUAUUGUUGAUGAAGAAAAACAGUUGGCAGCUAUACAGCAUUCUACAGAAUUAUAUUUUGUUGAUUAUGGAUCUCUUAGUUUUGAACUUUUUUAUCAAAUUGGAUUAGCUGGGUUCGCUAAUUUUGGAAUAAUAAGGUUAGAGCCAGAAUUGUCACUAAUAGAAUUACUUGAAAUGUUGCCUAAAAGCAUGAUUCAUGAUUCCACGUUUUUAAAGAAUUUAAUGGUAUUUAUAUCGUCUUUUAUUUCUUUAUUUUUAUUCUGUUUUAGACAAAUGCUUUAUGAAUAUUUUUCUCUUGGUAUUACUUCUGAUGGGAAAAUAUAUUCUCUUCCUUUACUUCUUAAAGGUUAUAUUCCAAAUAUUGGAAAGCUUCCUUUAUUUAUAUAUAGGCUUUGUAUUAAAGUUAAUUGGAAUAAAGAAAAGGAAUGUUUUUGUACUUUUUUAAGAGAAUUGGCUUUAUUUCAUUUACCUGAUCCUUUGUUUCAGAAACGAAAUAGUAUUGAUAACUAUGAAAAAAAAAGAAAGGAUCUUGUAGAUGUUUUAGAAUUUGUUUUGUUUCCUGCAUUUAAAAAGAGAUUAAUUGGAACUGUUGAACUUCUUGAAAAAAAAAGAAUAGUACAAAUAGCUACUUUGUCUAAAUUAUAUAAAGUCUUUGAAAGAUGUUAA